CCCUUGAUCCCUCCGAGGCCGAGGAGAUGCCGAGGCCCGAAACGACGGGACGCUCGUGGUGCGGGAACGCGGAGGAGAUGGAGCGCGGGCUCUCCGCCAUGGACAGAACGAGCGAGCUCGAGGGGGAGGGUGAGGUGGCCGCCGUCGCCGGAGUGGCGGGCGACGAGAGGGUGGACGCCGGCGUCGGAGUGACGCACGGCGGAGAGCUCAGAAUAGAUGGUGCUCAGGUCGUCAACAUGUUGUUCCACUUCAGAUGACAAUUUUAGUUGUAAUGCAGACGUCCCCCCGUUGACUCGCUGAGCUGCCCCCAUAUCCUCUUCUCCAUCUUUCCCCUGUACCAGUGUUCUUCCCGAGCUCCUACAGGAAAGCCCAUCCGGCUCCGGCCAUCCGCCACUGCUCCGGCCACCGCCUCCUCCUCCUCCUCGCCACUGCCUCCUCUCCCGUCCAGCAGAUCCAGCUGGCGAGCCGAGCUUGGCCUUCUCCACCAAAUCCUCGCUGCGGCCCUUGACCUCAACCAGAUCCGUGGUGGAGGAGCUGCUCCGGCGGCCUUGGUCGCAGCGGGCACCACGAGCUGGUCGGCCGUGGUGUGGGGAUGGCAGUCGUGGUUGGCACUGUGGCCGGCAGCGUAGCCGGUAAGAUCGUGCCCAAGCUCUUGGAUUUCUUACUGGAGAAGCACAAGCUGCGGGGGGAGCUGGAGAAUGAAAUCAAGUACAUCAAGAGCGAGUCCGCGAUGAUCUGCGCCGCCAUCCGAGAGGACGGCGCUCACCCCCCGUGGAGCGGCGACGAGGUGCACAAGGAAUGGAUCCAGAUGGUGCGCGACCUGGCGUACGCCAUCGACGACUGCAUCGACCGCUUCAUGCACCGGGUGGCGCCGGUGGCCGGCGCGUCGUUCGUCCGCCGGAAGGCCCACAAGAUGGAGACGGUGAAGGCCCGUAACGAGUUCGCCUCCGCCAUCCGCCGUCUCAGGAAGACGUCGGAGGACGCGUCCGUGCUCCGAACAAAGUACACCACCGGCGUGUACGGACGCGGCGGUGGCGGUGGUGGUGCCUGGGAGUCAGGGCCAGCGGCACCUGAGACAGAGACAGACACCACCGUCUCAGCUGCUGGCCUGCCGGUGCCCGCCGUGGGAAUGGACAUGUCCCUGGAUGAGCUCAUGGAGCUGAUAGGGGAAACCUCGGCGCAAGGCCAACAACCCAAGGAGCUCAAGGUGAUCUCCAUUGUAGGAUUCGGUGGCAUAGGGAAGACUCUGCUUGCCAGGUAUGCAUACAGCAACCCCGCCGUCGUUGGCCAAUACCCAGCAAGGGCUUGGGUUCGUGCUGCCAAGAAAGGCGAAAUGGAUGUUCUCAAUGACAUACUCCGGCAACUUGGAAUGGAUCCCACCACCGUUUGUAGUGGUGAUGGAAGUCAAGGCAGCGCCAAACUCUGCGCAACCAUAAACGCUUACCUUCAAACCAAGAGGUUCUUCAUUGUAAUCGAUGACAUGCAGACAGAGUUUUGGGGAGAAAUAAAAGAUGCUUUCCCUGUGGUCCCUAGGGAAGACAACAGAGUUAUCGUUACGACGGUCAACCGGACCAUAGCAAAUAAGUGCAGCUCUCCUGCUGGUCAUGUCUACUUAAUGAGAACUCUUGCUGACAAACCCUCAAGAGAGUUGUUCUUCGAGAAAGCUUGUUUGGUGUGUCCAACACCAACCGGUGAUACUGAGCUGGGUUCGGAAGUACUAAAGAAAUGUGAUGGCCUACCCCUUGCUCUUGUUUCCGCAGCCCAGUUGUUGCACGGUGACCCCACACGGGAACAGUGGGCACAUCUGGGUGAAAACCUUGGCAGAGAUCUGGCGACAAAUGGCAACUUAGCAAGUAUGAAUCAUGCGCUUGUCCGUAGCUACACCAGCUUAAGUAAGCAAGAUGUCAAGAUCUGCUUACUAUAUCUGGGAAUUUACCCAAGUGGCCGUCCAAUCAGGAGGGGAAGCCUUCUAAGGAGAUGGUUAGCUGAAAAGUUAAUCACAGAAGACCCUACAUGCAGUGCCCUCAAGGUCGCUGUUGAUAAUUUCAAUGAGCUGGUCAAUAAAAGUAUCAUCCAGCCUAUUACUUGUGCCAACAGCAGCAACAGCGCAGAGGCAAAGACAUGCCAAACUCAUGGUAUGAUGCUCGAGUUCAUCCGGCACAACACUGAGAAUUUUGUCACCUUGUUAUACGAUAAUGCUCCGCUGCCCGGUAAUGUCCGCUGGCUUUCUCUGCAUAAUGAAGUUGCUGUACGGUCCAACAUAAAUCCCAAUGGUUUGCCUCUUCUCCGAUCUCUAACAAUCUUCGGUGAGGUGCGCAACUGUAUGUUGGAUUUUUCCAAGUAUGAGCUGAUGCGAGUUUUGGAUCUAGAUGAAUGUGGUAACCAGUUGGAGGACAAGCACCUCAAGGUGAUAUGCAGCAACCUGUUGCUACUUAGGUACCUGAGCCUCAGGGGAGCUGCUGCAGUUACAGUUAUUCCGAAAGAGAUCAAGAAGCUUAAGCUUUUGGAGACACUGGAUGUAAGAGGAACCAAUAUAAAGGUUCUACCAACACAAGUCAUGAAGUUGCCAUGCCUGAUUCAUCUGUUUGGAAAGUUCAUUGUAGAAGACCGGAAAAUGGGUAAGCUACAGACUUGGUUGGAAAAGAAGAGUAAAUUGCAAACAGUAGCUGGAUUUGUUGUAGACGAAAAGAGCCAAGGAUUUGCACAGCUUACAGAGCAUAUGCAUCAGUUGACGAAGGUGAAACUAUGGUGCACGCGGUCAACUAAUAAAAGUACCGAUCCCAUCGCCACCACUAGCAGCAACUUGAGUCACCUCUCAAAGGCCAUUAAGGGGUUCAUCAUGAGAAGCACCCAGGUGAAAGAAGCUCACUCACUCUCACUGAAUUUCAAUGAUGAAUGGUUCCAAGGCUUGCUCGUGGACUUGUCCCUAGAAAAAGAAGCUCCCCCUUGCUACCUGAGCUCGCUCAAGCUACAAGGGGACAACAUAUGUAGCUUGCCUCCGUUUGUUACCAUGCUGCGUGGUCUCACUAAGUUGUGCCUUUCAUCCCCAAAUCAACAGCUUCAGCUGGGUGAGGAGAUUCUUGCUGCCCUGAGCAAAGUGUGUGGCCUGGAAUACCUGAAGAUCAUUGCAACUCAACUAGCUGAUCUCAUCAUCGGACCAGUAACACUUGGAAGCUUGCGGCGCCUAUGCAUCGUUGUGGAAGCCAUGACAGAGCUGGAAAUCCAGCAGGGAGCUUUGCCGCGUCUAGAAUCGCUUCAGUUGCUAUGUAAGAAUCUUGAUGGCUUUUGCCACGCGGCGGAGAUCCAGUCCCUGCCACGUCUCAGUGAGGUUGCUCUCCAUAAUGGUGUGAACAGUGGAACAAAACAAAAGUGGAAAGAGGCAGCAAAAAGCCACCCCAGGCGUCCCAAGCUCUUGUUUGUUAAGUCGACCGAAGAGGUUGAUGUGGAAAGUGAACCUGCGACGCCAACUACUGGUGCGACGUUGCCAUUGAAAGGACCACACGGUGCCAUUUCUACCAGGCAGUCUGGUAAUCAAGGGUUGUGCAUUAUAUUAUGCUUAAUCGCCACAUUGGUUAUUGUCAUUGGCUGGUUUUCAGAAACGCGGCCUGCAAAAGAAACAGCACCUGGGCUCUCAGUAGCUGUCACUAAUGGAAAAUAAGGUUUUUCCAUCAAAGAAGUGGAUGCGGGCGAUUGAUUCUACAUGGGUGUACCAGCUUCUCCUUUCAAUUUGUACUUGUACUGCAACAUGAGUUUACUUUCAUGCAUGUCGAUUUGGUGGCUUUCUGCUGUAAGGGAGUCACUAGAUAUGCUGUAAGGAUAUAUAUUUGGUCCAAGGUCGAUUUUGAAAUUCAUUUUACAGAACAUUAUAGUUAUAUUUCAUUCAGUUACUCAAGAUAAUAUUGCAUUCGGUUACA